AUGGACACAAUAGAAAAAGAUGGCAAAAAAUAUGCUUUUUACGAAAUCGAACUUUUCAAUUAUGGCGACCAUAAUUACUCACUAAUCCAAAUUGAAUAUCAAAAUGAAAGUGAUUUGAGCGAAUUUGUCGAAGGGAAAAACAAAUCCAAAGAAACAGCCAACGAAAUAGGUGAUGCUUCCUCCAACACGGUCAAAAAAACUGGUGAAGGGUUAGAAAAAGCCGGGAAAAAUUUAAAAGAAAGUGCUAGUGAUAAGGAAUGA